AUGGAUACCAACAGUAACAUUCAUGCUCCUACAGUCGCCUCCGGGCCUACGUCCGGAGAGGCUCCUUCUCGCGACUUGUCCAAGCUCGGUGUCGUCGAUCUCAUGCAAGAAAAAGAACGCAUCGAAGAGGAACUCUCGGCUCUCAGCAGCGUCCUCAGCUCUCAUGGAGUUCAUAUGAAUACCUCGUUGACGACGUUCGAUGGCUACCCUCGCGAUGAUAUCGACGUCGCCCAAAUACGUACCACCCGAGCGCGCAUCAUCCGACUACGAACCGAUCACAAAGAAGUCAUGUCACUUCUCGAAAAGGGUAUACAUGAUCACUUCGCAAGCUUGCAGCGGGCGCAGACUACUGCGCCGUCUGACGGCAGUGCCAACAAUACACAAACUGGGCAGGCCAGUGCGACCAGCAAUGGCGAUUCAAGAUCCGAAGCUGCCGGGGUCCCUUUUGCGAAAGUCAAUAGUGUUGUGGCUGGAAGCCCCGCAGACCAAGCAGGACUGAAGGCCGGUGAUACUGUGAGGAGCUUUGGCAGCGUAAACUGGUUGAACCAUGAACGUCUCUCAAAGGUGGCCCAGGUUGUCCAGCAGAACGAGGGGCGUGCUGUGACCGUUGCCGUCGCGCGUAAGGAUCCAAAUUCGAUCCGUAACCUUGAGCUCAGCCUGGAGCUCACUCCUCGCCGUGACUGGGGUGGUCGGGGUCUAUUAGGCUGCCAUCUGGUUCCUCUGUGA